AUGGGUUCCAGGCUUGGCGGCGCACCAGCCGCUCCACCGCAGCAUCAGACAGGUUCGUGUAAGCGAGAGCGGUGCCAUCUACAUAUGCAGAUUGAGUGGCAUGGAUGUCCAGUUGCAGGUCAGGUUUCUAGAUGGAGUAGAGAGCAUGUGCACAGCGCAAACACGCCAAACGACAACAACAAACAGCAUGCCCAACUCCAAAAGCAGUGUCGCUCUAACAACAAUCCGCUCGAAACAUGCCACGACGAGUCUCUCGGGGGGUCAUACCGCCGGCCAUCACUCCACCGCCUUUUCGCUCCGCAUCGCCUCGGCCUUCUUCUUGCGCCGCAGGGCCAUGAACUGCGCCAGCCAGAACACGGCGACGCCCAGCAUGAAGCCCGUCGAGAUCCACGUCAGGAUGUAGAACUUGAUGCCGCGCUCGGCGGAGAGGCCGAUGCGGGCGCCCUUGUCGUUGAUCUCGCGCACGCCCUUGCUGCCCGCGACGGAGACGAUGAUGCUCCCGAUGAGGCACGACAGGCCGCCCAGCGCGCCGAGGACGAGGUUGGCGAGCACGACGGGCGGCCGGCCCGGCAGCAGGAAGGCCGCCGCGUUGGUGAACAUGGCGAGCCCGCUGAAGCCCAUGGCCAGCGCGUAGAGGACGAAGAGCCCCAGCAGCGCGUCGUUGAGCACGUCAAGCUUGUCCUGCACGCUGUCGGGCCAGUUGAUGUCGGCGAGGUUGAGCUUGAGCGGGCCGACGCUGAGCCCGUGGUCGAGCAUGCCGGUGAGGUUGAGGGGGGUCGACUUGAACUUACGGGCAGGAGACGCGCUGGUGCAGUUGGUCACCGUGAGGGACACAUCCUCGGCCGUGGGACCGGGCGAGUAGCUGCCCUCGCACGAGUCCAUGAUGUGCAGCGAGUACCACUCCGAGAUGCCCAGCUUGUCGGCCAGCUUAUCGGCGGCGUUGCCCGUAAUAUUGUUGAUCUUGUCCUUGGCGGAGUCCUUCUUAUCGUCGAACCAGCCCUUGACGCCGCCAAGGAUGCCGUCGUUGCUAUCGCCACCAUCGUUGGGCUUGUCCGACUUGCUGAGGAUGUUGUGCCCGACCAUGGACGUGUUUAA